GUCGGGCUUGGAGCGACAGCGGCGCAAGAUGGCGGCCACCACGGGCUCGGGUGAGCGGGGACCGGUAGUCCAGGCCAGCUUGGCCCGAGUAAAAGUUCCUCGUAAUUUUCGACUGCUGGAAGAGCUGGAAGAAGGCCAGAAAGGAGUAGGAGAUGGAACAGUUAGCUGGGGUCUUGAAGAUGAUGAAGAUAUGACACUUACAAGAUGGACAGGCAUGAUUAUUGGGCCCCCAAGGACAAUUUAUGAAAACAGAAUAUACAGCCUUAAAAUAGAAUGUGGCCCUAAAUAUCCCGAAGCACCUCCAUUUGUAAGAUUUGUAACAAAAAUUAAUAUGAAUGGAGUAAAUAGUUCUAAUGGAGUGGUUGAUCCAAGAGCCAUCUCAGUCCUAGCAAAAUGGCAGAAUUCUUAUAGUAUCAAAGUCGUUCUGCAAGAGCUCCGGCGUCUAAUGAUGUCUAAAGAAAAUAUGAAACUUCCUCAACCACCUGAAGGACAAUGUUACAGUAAUUAAUGAAAAACAAAAAGAAAAAAAUCAUGCCCCAUCAUUCAAUUUAAGCUCUCUUCAUUUUCCACAGUAGUAAAUUUUCUAGAUGCAUCUUGUAGAUCUCCAAGUACUGGAAAGGAAGUUCCCAUUGCAAAGGAAAGUCUAUCUUGAGAUACUGUAAAUGAUACUAAUUUUUUUUUCCAUUUGAAAAUAAGUUGUGCUAUAACAAAUAAUGCUGUCCUGUGUAACCACUGUCCACAUAGUUGAACUUCUGGUAUCAAGAAAAGUCUAUUUAAAUUUAUUACUGUCAAAGACCAGUGUGUCACGUUGAACUCAACUGUGAAAAAGCAUAAAAAGCAUACAUCACACAAUCACAUUGCUGUGUGUUUGGCCUGGGUUUAUAUCUUUUCUCCCGUCUGUCUCUUUCCCUCUCUCUUUCUCUCUCUGUGUUUGCAAUAGAGUUCACGCUCAGGGCUAUUUAUUAGAGUAGACAUGGAGGGCACAAUCCGUAGAUUGCGAUCUUGCCCAAGCCCUUUUGAAAAGAACGGAGUCUGAGCCAGAAGAUACUUGUACUCUUGCACAGUUCUCUCUUCAUCCAAUAGGGGUUGCUCAAGACAACGUCCCCAAAAGAUUGUGCCAAAAGGUUUCAAUUACCAGCUGUGGCUGGGCUGUACUGACUACUAAUGGGAUGUUUUGGUAUCCUCAGUCAUCCCUCCCUUUGUGCAGGCUCUAGUAAAAUGCUGAAUGUCUCUAGGGUUGGUUUUUAUUUCUCUGCUUUUAAAGAAUGCUUAUAUAGCCAUGUGGGGCAGGUUCUUCUUUCUCCCAAAACUUUUGCCAAGGCAUAGAUUGUAUUUCUGUCCCGCCCCUUCCCCCAGGACGUGGGCCUUGGGAGGAUAGAUCUGGGGGAUCUUUUCAGACUUUCCUCUCUCUCUCUCUCUCUCUCUCUCUCGUCAUAGUCGGGGUGCUGCUUUCUUUUUGCCCCUUCUACGAUGCUUUCCUUUACACUUGGCCAAAAGAGGUAAGUGGCUGGCAAACUGCCUGAUUUUAUUGUUAUUAUUGUUAUUAUUAUUGUUAUUGUUAUUAUUAUUAUUAUUGCUUCAUGCUUGUCAAUUUUGGGGUGGGGCAUGGGUAGGGUCUAUAAAUUAAUCUUCACCAGCUAAGAAAACAAGAAGGUCUGGUUUUGCUUGCAAAUAGCCUUCCCUUCCUGUUCUGUGGCAGCUUCCACACCGGCAAGCUGGCCAUGGCUGACAUAUUAGGCAGGGUUUUGAUGCAGUGAAAAAGAGCGGUAAUUUACCAGGAGCAUUUAAGUCUGUUAAGGAUGGCCAAAUAUUCUGGAAAGAUCUCUACCUAGAUGUUUGAAACAAACACUCCAGCUUUCUGAGCUGAAGGUCACUACCUCUGCUUGAACGCCAUGUUAGCUGCUCAUCAGCGUGCAUAACUUCGCAGCUCGGUGGCGGCCUGCCGACAGAAAGACAAAUCCACUUUGUGAAGAGGAGAUUGUGUUCUGACACCUUGCAGAGAGGGAGAUGCUUUUUCUUUCCUAAAGAAUCAGAUGGUGCCGCCAUGCAUGGUGGGUUAGGCUUCUUGGCAAAUCACUUCUUUUUCAAACUCCUUGUUUUGGACCACUGACUGCUGAAACGUGGAUGCAAGCUUAUAUGCAAACAAUCUAAUGUAUCCUGUUAAGUUUUAUGAAAUUAAAAAUGCAGUGUUCAUGUAAAACGAAAAGCAAAAGUCACGUUUAAAAGCAGAAGUAUCAAGUCAAUGAAUAAUUGAUGUUUCCAUUAACUCUUUUAAGGAGCAUAUUAGUUGUAAGGGUUUAACAUCCUCUGUAAUUAAAAAAAUUAACAGUAUUCCAUAAGCAGCCUUUUUAUUGUAUCAGACCAUUGCCUGAUUUUAAUAUAAUAAAAAGUGUGCAUUAAUAUUA